GGUUUACUCUGUUGGUCACAUCUCUGGUGCCCAUUUUAAUCCUGCUGUCACCAUUGCUUUUGCCAUUACCAAGAGGUUUCCGUGGAAACAGGUACCGGCUUACGUAGCAGCUCAAGUCCUUGGAUCAACACUUGCAAGUGGUACCCUAAGACUAAUAUUCCAGGGGCACCAGAACCAUUUUCCUGGAACAAUUCCUACUGGAGAUCCCUGGCAAUCAUUUGCGAUUGAGUUCGUUAUCACAUUUUACCUCAUGUUUGUUAUUUCUGGUGUUGCCACAGAUAACAGAGCGAUUGGAGAGCUUGCGGGGCUUGCGGUUGGCGCUACGGUUCUUCUUAACGUGAUGUUUGCAGGGCCAAUCUCAGGAGCAUCAAUGAACCCAGCCAGAAGCAUAGGACCUGCAAUUGUUUCAGCCCAAUUUAAGCACCUGUGGGUUUACAUUUUUGCACCAACUCUUGGGGCUGUGUGUGGUGCUUUGGUCUAUAAUGUUAUCAGGUUCACAGACAAGCCUCUGCGUGAGAUCACCAAGAGUAGCUCUUUCUUAAAAGGCGUGGGGAACAAGUAACGGCUCUAAUUGUUGAUGAAGAAAUUAGAGAGGCAAAAAAAGGGCACAUUAACUAGUUAAUUAUGCACAAAAAGAAAGGAGAAACAAAUCAAGAUCAUUUUUAUGGUUUAA